AAGAAGACAAUUGCGGCGACUGGAAGGGUGCGAGAAUACAAAGAAUGCUUCGUUGGAAUGCAGCGAUGCGGCAAUGCUUAGUUGAUGCGCAUUGAACAGCAAGUUUCAAACAACUCGCCUUGACUUUGUGUCUCCAAGAGCAAGGAGUCCUCGAAAGAUUUCGAGAUGUCGGGACACCAGGAUUCUAAAACCCCGCAUCUCCCUCAAGAAAUAGUCAAGAAUAUCAGCAGUGGGCUGUCGGCAAACGCGCUUCUAGCCCUUCAAAGGAGUCAAGAGGCGAUAUCCACCCUGUCUGGUAUGGAAAAGGCAGCAACAACUGCUCCGAUGGCCACCGUACCACCCCAAGUCCCUUCGUUGACGGAUAUGGGGAUCUCGGGUUUGCUGCAAGCAACACGGUUUCCAAAUCUUGCACCACAGAACUUCUUCCUCAACCCGACUGCCCCUCCUCUCCAUCCUGUGCAGAUCGUUCCCUACCUUGCAAGCCCUCAGGUGAGCGCGCUGCAGUCCAACCAGCUCUCGGAGCUCCGGCAGCAACAGGAAGAUCAAGGGAGGAGACAGAUGCUUAACCUCAACUUCGCGCCGAGCAGCCCGAAUGUAAUUGAGCAGAGGCUCAGGGACUUCUUUCAACUGCAGAUCUCUACUGGAAAGAUCAGGGCAGACAAUGGAAUAAUUCUGCUCCAAGAAAGCUUUCCGGACGGGACAAGGACCUUCUGGAGAGCAAUCAAAGAGACAGUUUUUCAGCCGGUCUAUGGCGAGAAUG